CACCAUGUGGUUGCUGGGAUUUGAACUCGGGACCUUCGGAAGAGCAGUCAGUGCUCUUACCUGCUGAGCCAGCCCUCAAAACUGUUCUUUGUGCUAGAGGCAGGCAUGGUUCAGUGGUAGAGCACUGCCUGACAUUCAGGAGUCCCUUUGUGUUCCACACCGGUAUCAUCUCAAAAGCAAACACCCCCCCCCUCCCCGACACACACACACACAUACACACACACACCACGAAUGUGUAAAUCCACAAACAGUUUGCAGCAGUGUCAGCCACCAAUUUGGCAUAUGUCAUAAAAACAUUAACUUGAGCCGGGCAGUGGUGGUGCACACCUUUAAAUCCCAGCACUUAGGAGGCAGAGGCAGGCGGAUUUCUGAGUUUGAGGCCAACCUGGUCUACAGAGUGAGUUCCAGGACAGCCAGAGCUACACAGAGAAACCCUGUCAACAAUUACUUGGACUUCAAACCCUCUGAUACAGUUGUACCUAUACCAAGUUUCCUAUGGCAGGCAGGAUAUUCUUAAAUGUUGCCCUAUCCUUUUUGUUAGCUGAGGAUGCAGAAGACAGUGUUGUGGCCGGUGGGUCCUCCAAUUCCUGGUACCCCUGACAUUCCUGCCCAUUUUUUGUUGUUGUUGUUCUGCAGGUUUGGGGCGCCUGCCCCCCGCUAGGACAGAUCUAGAGGGGGUCUCCCCACCCAAUGGGCCUGGCUAGGGCCCUGCGCCGCCUGAGCGGCGCGCUGGAGCCAGGAAACAGUCGAGCUGGGGAUGAGGAAGAGGCGGGGGCCGGACUGUGCCGCAAUGGGUGGGCUCCUGGACCGGUAGCUGGGAGCCGGCGCCGCGGGCGCUUCGUCAAAAAAGAUGGGCACUGCAAUGUGCGCUUCGUGAAUCUGGGCGGCCAGGGCGCGCGCUACCUAAGUGACCUGUUCACCACAUGUGUGGACGUGCGCUGGCGCUGGAUGUGCCUGCUCUUCUCCUGUUCCUUCCUCGCCUCCUGGUUGCUCUUCGGCCUGACCUUCUGGCUCAUCGCCUCGCUGCACGGCGACCUAGCUGCCCCACCGCCACCGGCUCCCUGUUUCUCGCAAGUGGCCAGCUUCCUGGCUGCCUUCCUCUUUGCACUGGAGACACAGACGUCCAUAGGCUAUGGUGUGCGCAGCGUCACCGAGGAGUGUCCAGCUGCUGUGGCCGCUGUGGUGCUGCAGUGCAUCGCAGGCUGUGUGCUCGACGCCUUCGUCGUGGGUGCAGUUAUGGCCAAGAUGGCCAAGCCCAAGAAACGCAACGAGACACUAGUCUUCAGUGAGAACGCAGUGGUGGCUCUGCGAGACCACCGUCUCUGCCUCAUGUGGCGGGUGGGCAACCUGCGACGCAGUCACCUGGUGGAAGCUCACGUGCGGGCCCAGCUGCUGCAGCCCCGUGUGACCCCCGAGGGUGAGUACAUCCCACUGGACCACCAGGAUGUAGAUGUUGGUUUUGAUGGAGGCACUGAUCGCAUCUUCCUCGUCUCCCCCAUUACCAUUGUGCAUGAGAUUGACUCUGCCAGUCCACUGUAUGAGCUGGGGCGGGCCGAGCUGGCCCGGGCUGACUUUGAGCUGGUGGUCAUUCUUGAAGGUAUGGUUGAGGCCACAGCCAUGACUACACAGUGCCGCUCAUCUUACCUCCCAGGUGAGCUGCUCUGGGGACAUCGCUUCGAGCCGGUCCUCUUCCAGCGUGGCUCCCAGUAUGAGGUUGACUAUCGCCACUUCCAUCGAACAUAUGAGGUCCCAGGGACACCAGUCUGCAGUGCCAAGGAGCUGGAUGAACGGGCAGAGCAGGCUUCCCACAGCCCUAAGUCAAGUUUCCCUGGCUCCCUCACUGCAUUUUGUUAUGAGAAUGAACUUGCUCUGAGCUGCUGCCAGGAGGAAGAUGAGGAGGAGGACACUAAGGAGGGGACUUCAGCAGAGACCCCAGAGAGGGCUGCCAGCCCCCAAGCUCUUACACCAACCCUGGCUCUGACCCUGCCUCCAUGACACAGCUGAGGCCCACUUCCCCAUGUGACACCCCUUCCCAAAGAUGACAGCUUCCUUCCAGCCUCUGAUGGGAGUGGGACAGGGGUUUCUCAGGCCCAGUGGCCUGCUGAGGUGACCAUUAACCACGAGGAUGUCUACCACAGAUAGACCACACCUUUAUUUCUCUGCUCCAUUCUCACUCCCGAGACCCCUUUAUGAGCUGGAUUCCUGAGGCUUACCAGAGCCGAAGGAUCAGAUUUCUGGACCAUACAAGAGACAAGGCGUGGAGGCUGGGUUUUGGUUGAACAUCAGUGAGAUACACAGCGUCAUGGAGGAAAAUGUCAAUUUACACAGAUCAAGAAACAAGGAUUCAGGAUCAUUAUAAUUGACCAAAGACAGAACAGUGACUGGACCGUGUGUGGAGAAAAGGCCCAGUGGCUCCAGAAAGCCCAAGAGUUGAGAUUCUCUUGAGUCUAAGUUGACACUGGGGAUUCUAAAACAGGUUGGCUAGAGGAGAGUGGAGCUGCUCCAGAAACUACAAAGCUAUGUUUCUAGAAUACACAAAACAUUGGUAGGUUUCUGAGUGUGGAAGGACUAAGCUGACACACGAAGGUUCCAGAUCCCGGAGGACUCUGGAGGACUGGCUGUGUAGGGUCCGGCUAGAGGGGGUAGGUAGGUCUGGCUUCUCCAUGAUCCACAGGGUGAAUUUUGUUUUUGUUUGAAGUGCCAUUCUUAGAGCAUCCAAAGGAAUCAGGUUCUGUGGUUCAGGGCUGAUCAGAGUCCGGGUGGGAUCCUAGCUGUCUGUGAUUUGCUGGCUCCGCUCUGCCUAGCAGGGCUGGGGACCUCCAUGACCUUGGCUGGCUUGCUAUGGUUCUGUAAUGCCAAAAGGAAUCAAAACUCCAGAGACCAGCGCUGUCCUGUCCCAAAGCCUAGAAGUCCUAGUCACCUUCAGAUGGACAGCCUGACAGCUCUAGGAGGUAGACACUGCUCUGGGUGGAGCUUGCAAGCAAGAGCCUGGACGAUCACAGAGCUAACGAAUGGAAAAGGGAAGGAAGAGGCUGAGGCCGGCAAGCCUAAAAUAUCCUGGAUUACUAUACCUAGUGAUGUGUGUCUCUUUCUCACAGAUAUUAUACAGAUGUGUAUUAUAUAUGAUAUAAAUACAGAUCUCUAUCUUUUCUGUUUGUUCUGUA